AGUGCUGUGUGCUCAGGUCUCUAAGGUGUACAGGUUUAAGACAGAAGAUCAGAGGUGGCUGCUGGUCAGGGAACAGAUGUCAGAGACGCCGCUUUCUUUCUCUUUACCCAAACAGUUGCUGAGCUUGCUCACACAGGAACAUACAAACAGAAUUCAGGAAGUGAAGGAACUCGGUGACCUUUCACCCCACUGGGAUGGCCUUCGCCAUGAUGUCGUCAGCCACUGUAACCACGUGACCGGCUGCUAUCAGGAACUGCUCGCUGAGCUCGAAAAAGUCUCAGCUUCAUCCUGUUUUAAGUCGAGCACCAGUAAGUCAGACAGACACCUUCAGUUUGUUCCGACCAACCUACACACGCAGAGGAUGGAGGUCACCAGUCCCGACAGCACAGGUGUUUGGUAUGACGUUAUAACCUUUGGUGCUCCAGCCGAUCAUCACCAGGCCUUUAAACACGGAGGGCUGAAGAAACUCCUCAGGAAACAUACAAACCUCAGGGAAAGAUGUGUCUCUUACUCCCAGGAGGAGAGCUCUAGAGCCAAGGAGCUGCUGACAAGGAUGGCCCAGCUGCAGCCGUUGGUCUUCGGGCUCGCAGAGGAGCUGCUCUCCGUCGCGCAGGAGCUGAACGCCGCCCGGCUGCGGCAGGUCCUGGGCAGCCUGACGGAACAGACCGAGCAGUUUGUGCACGCGCUCAAAGAGGAGUUGGUAAAAUGCGCCCUGCUGGAGAUCCAUAACCAGUGCAUCGCAAACGCCAACAGCAGCCACGUGCACAGCAACGGGCUGCUGUGUGAGAACUGUCCCGCCGAUCAGGAGCAGGAUGGUGGCCGACACGACACGGAGUACGACGACGAGGAGUGGGACAGGGUGUGGGUGAAUGUCGGAAAGAGCAUCAACUGCAUUGUUGCCAUGGUCGACCGACUGCAGCAGCAAGAGGAGCAGACGGUGAUGUCACCAGAGCCGCAGGAAGGGGACACAAACUCUCAGAACACAGCCUCUCGUUCCUCCUGCUCCUCCUUCUCUGGGUGCACUUGGCAAGAGCACCUUCUCCCUCUGGUGGUCACUCUUAGGGACUGCGUGCGUGAGGCAGUGGGGAAGGCCCAGGUAGCAAUGACCUUUGUGGUCCUGCAGGAGGCAGUGGAUGUGACGGUCGCUCAGGGCCCUGCACACAUAGCCCAGAGACGUCACGCCGUCUUCAGCCAGGCGCUCUCAGCAGUAGUUUGUGGUGUCAUGCUGAAGCUUUACAGAGGCCUGGAGGAUCCUGACUUUCUACGGCAACUUCACACUGUAGGAGUAUUGGCUCAAUUUGAAAGCCUGUUGAGCACCCACGGUGAUGAGAUUGGGAUGCUGGAAGACAUGGAAGUGGGUGUGGCUGACCUAAAGAGAGUAGUGUUCACCAUCACCGAGGCCAAAACGGAACAACCAGACGACCUGCUGCCGACACUCAAUGGAACAUGGGGCAGUUUUAUUGUUGAAGUGCCGUUGCCCCCGGAGACCUUCAGCUCACUUCCACAGGAACUGAAAGAUGGACUGUUGAUUCGAGUCGAUCCUGUUCUGUUUAACAUUGGAAUCAAUCAGCAUCAGAGUUACGCUGAGAGGUUUGGUGACUGUUCGUUGCAGGAGAGAAUAAACCAGCAGAGCUGUGAGCGUCUCAAAGCUUAUUGUAACACACUGAGGGACAGACUGCCGGACAUGGCUGGUAUCCAGUCGCUGGCAGACUUGUUGUCUUCUCUGGAACGCAGCAUUGAGGCCAAGAAGAGGAAGAACGUGGAGGUUCUGUGGAUCGCUGCUAAGGUGUGUCGUAAGGUGAACGGUGUGCGGCUGACGAGCUGUAAGAGUGCGAAGGACCGCACUGCGAUGUCGGUGACGCUGGAGCAGUGCGCCUUACUGCGGGAGCGACACACACUCAGCCAGCAGCACUUCAGCACCGCACUGGACUGGAUGAGAAGAUCUCAUCUGUCCUGGGGGCAGAUGCUUGGCUGUUACACCCAGUCAGGGUUCCCUGUCUCUGGGUUAGAUCCAGGGGAGACUCCCUCAGAACUCCCACAGUGUUUGGCCCCCAAAGCCCCCAGACGGCAUCUUUACCCAGUGGCCUUUCUCCUGGUGACCUCUCACCUCCUGGUUCUUUGGCUCAUCCUCAGCCUCGUUAUACUGCUGGCAAAAUACCAGUAGAGCAGCACAGACUGGGAACACUGGGAAGUGGACUGCAUCACUAUCACUCUUACUAUUUUCUGUCAGGUUUGUUCAGACGAAGCGUGUUCAUGAGAUUUAAUUCAGCUUAAGGAGACGAGAGGCGGCUUUCUUUAUUUUUCUCUUUCAUUUGUUGGAAAGUUUUAUUCACAAGAAUGAUACCAAAGACUAAAACAAUAUGUCAGUCAGUAAGUAUCCUCUAAUGUAAAUCCCACACUGGACGUGUUUUAGAGUUUGGGUGGGGGUAUUUACAUUUUUAGGGAAAUGUUCUUGCUUAUUUAUAGCUGUAUAUGUAUAUAUACAGUCAUAGGAACCAUAUGUCUACAAAAAAAGAGUAAAUUAGAUUCACUUUAAUAAAAUAUAAAGUUACAAAUCUUGAUAAAGUAAAAUUUUUAGAUGGUGCUCAAGUGUUCACUCAAUAAUGUGCACCCCUCCUCAAAGUCCACCCCACUCUUCUUCCCUGUCGCACAUCAUUUCUCUGCUAUGCUGCUCAUUCUGUUUAGAGACCAACAGAGGAACAAGUUUGAAUGAAAAGCAGACGGUUAUUUGUUAUGGCUUUGAAAUCUGAAAUUUGACUUUAUUAUUACCAGACCACAGUUUGUGACUGACACAAGGUUGAUAAUGCUUUUUUUUUUUAACCCUUCAAUUUAUAGCGAGGAUUAGGAUACAAUUAAUUUGUAGCACAAACGUUUACUCUAGUACUUUACUGAAGUGCAAAGACAUGAACAGUCUGUAAUUUUAAUGGAGAGAGGCAGCAUAACAACCACAACAUAAAAGUUAU